AUGCCACCAGACACCAGAGCAGCCGACCUCAAACGUAGUGAAGACUCCAUUGCAGCAGUAUCGCAGGAUCACAACCUUAAGUAUGAGCUGAUGGCUGACUUACUUAAGGGACAAAAUGUCAAACUAGACCAGACCAUUGCUAACCAGGGUGUUCAGAUAAGAGACAUACAGAGCAUUAUGGGCACUAUGGCACAACAACUAGAACUGGCUCUACACAAACUCUCACCCAACACGGGUAGCUCUAGUCAGGGCAGAGACAAGCAGUAUUUCAAGAUCGAAGAAAUUGCCAACACUGACAAGUUGAGAAUCGCUUCCUAUUACUUAGAGGGUGUUGCACUGUACUGGCACCAGAACUUCUUGAGAAGUGCAGAAAACCAAAGAGCCACUUGGGAGGAGUAUGUGGAGGCUAUCAGAUGUCGAUUUGGAGGGCAACAGGACCCCUUGGAGGAAUUAAUGAAGCUCAAACAACGAGGGAAUCUAGAAGAAUAUAUCCAAGAUUUUGAUAUUCUGUGGAACAAGGCAGAAAUCAAUGAAAAACAAUCGCUGGUCAUAUUCCUGGGAGGAUUGGAGUUGGAGAUCAAAAACACGGUAAAAAUGUUUGAACCCAAGACUCUUAAGCAUGCUUAUAACUUAGCCAGGAACUCCAUUAAACCAACCAAAUCUCUAAAAAACCAAGAAUUCGAGGAAAGAAGGCUUAAGGGGUUAUGUUUUUGGUGUGAUGAUAAGUUCGUGCCUGGCCAUAGAUGUAGAAGUAAAAGGUUGUAUUCCUUAAGUAUAACUGAAGAAGAGGAUGAAGUCACUACAGAAGAGCCAACUGGAGAUGACCUCCAGGCGAGAGAGCUCUCACCCCACAUCUCCCUGGACGCAUUGGAAGGUACUGUGGGGCUCAACACAAUGAAGUUUACUGGUAGAUUGGAUAGAACCACUGUGAGUAUUCUAAUAGACUCAGGAAGUACUCACAACUUCCUCAACGCUGAGUUGGCACUCAAACUUCAGCUCCAAUUGACCGCCAUUAAACCCAUGAUGGUGCAAGCAGCUAAUGGUGAAAGAAUGGUCUGCAAAUCUCUAUGCAAGGGCCUAAGGUGGAUGAUGCAGGGGAUAAGCUUUGUGGCUGAUGUAUUCAUCAUAGACCUAAGUAAUUGUGAGAUGGUGUUAGGUAUACAAUGGCUAUCGCUACUGGGGGACAUAUUGUACAACUACAAACAUUUAUGGAUGUCAUUCGACUGGCAAGGGAAAAGGGUUUUGCUAAAGGGUGAAAACCCACCGAAACUACAAUUUAUUGAAUUGGAGCAUCUUAAUUCUCUAGCAAGGAGUCACGGCCAGUUGGAGGGGUACCGUUUAUGUAACUUACAGAUGAUAGAAGAGGUGGAGGCAGGGACCAUUCCUGAGACCACUACUUUCUCUGUUCCUUCAACAGGAUAUAUUGACUUGUUUCAGGAACCCAAAGGGCUGCCCCCUCUCAGAUCCCAUGAUCACAAGAUUCCUCUAAAGGAAGGAGGGAAUUCGGUUAAUCUACAACCUUACAGAUACUCUGGCCUUCAAAAGGACACAUUGGAGGAAAUGGUGAAAGAGAUGCUGAGGGCAAAAAUCAUAAGAACCAGCAACAGUCCGUUUGCUUCACCAAUAAUUCUUGUCAAGAAAAAGGACUCUACAUGGUGUCUAUGUAUAGAUUACAGAGCGUUGAAUAAACUUACCAUCAAGGAUAAGUAUCCUAUUCCCAUGAUUGAGGAACUUUUGGAAGAAUUAGUGGGAGCUUCUAUAUUCUCCAAGAUCGACUUACGUUCAGGCUACCAUCAGAUUCGCAUGAGUUUAAUGAAUGAGAUUUUUAGGGAGUAUUUGAGGAAAUUCAUCCUAGUAUUCUUUGACGACAUCUUGGUUUAUAGCCAUACACUUACAGAACAUUAUGAGCAUCUGGCUACCGUUCUCAACAUACUCAGGGAACAUCAUCUGGCCAUUAUCGACUGGCUAAUGCCCACAAGAUUGAAACAACUACGGGGAUUUUUGGGAUUGACGGGCUACUACAAAAGGUUCGUCAAAGGUUAUGGCAGUAUUUGCAAACCACUAACUCAACUGCUAAAAAAGAAGGCAACUGGAUGGAACAAAGAUGCUACCGAAGCAUUUAAUCAGUUGAAAAAGUUCUUAUGCAAGAGGGACACCCCAUUGCGUUCCUUAGCAAAUCGUUGGGACCUAAAAGCAGGUUAUGUCUGUAUACGAGAGGGAAAUGCUGGCUAUUCUUCAGGCAGUUACCAAAUGGAAACACUAUCUUUGGGGACGCCAUUUUAUCAUCAGAACAAAUCACAUCAGCUUAAAGUACCUCUUACAGCAAAAGUUGACCACUCCAGCAUAACAUUUAUGGUUGGUGAAAUUACUGGGGGUCAGCAGAAGCACAUUAGGCAAUUCAUCAGGGAAUGCAAUGUUUGUCAGAGGAACAAACAUGAGAACAUGGCAAGCCCUGGACUCCUGCAACCGCUACCCAUUCCUUCAACUCCUUUCAUUGACAUCAACAUGGAUUUUGUCAAAGGACUCUCAAAAUCCGAAGGGAAGGAUGUGAUAUUAGUUGUUGUGGAUCGUUUAAGCAAAUACGCCCACUGCAUGGCCCUCAAUCAUCCUUAUUCUGCCUCAGGGGUGGCCAAAAUAUUUAUGAACAAUGUCUAUAAGCUACACGGGUUACCAGCUUCUAUAACCAGUGACAGGGAUCCUGUUUUCUUGAGCAGGUUGUUGCUUGGUGCUGGCAGAGUGGCAAGCGGCUGGUGUGCAAAUCUUGUUGCAACGUCCUACACGUCUUGCUUGGUGCUGGCUGAGUGGCAUGCAUCUGGUGUGGUGUCUAAUACCCUCCACAAGAUGGAGAAUAGAGAUUAA